GCACGGCUGUGCGCCGCCCCCGCGGGGCGGGAUCCCUGUCCCCGUCCCCGUCCCCGUCCCCCCCGAGGCGCCGGGCUGCGGAUAAAGCGCUCCCUCCCGAGCCCGCGCCCGCGUGGAUGGUGCCCCGGCCGCGGCGAUGGCUUUGCUCCCCAGGCGCUUCCUCUGCUUCCUGCUGGCCCAUCACUUUAUUGUAGUCACCGCAUGCCAUGAAGCAAGCUACAGCCAGCUGAUCCAGCAGUAUUGCCUUGGGCAAUUUAAGUUGGAUAUGGAAGCAAUAGGGCAGAAACUGUGGUGUGACUGGGAUGAGACAGUAGACACCUACGGUGAGCUCACCAACUGUACCUUACUAAUAGCUGGGAAACUAGACUGCUAUUGGCCGAACAAGCUGGUGGACGAGUUCUUCAUAGCCAUUCACAAGCAUUAUUUCAAAAACUGCUCCCUCUCUGGGAGGUCUCUGAAAGACCCACCAAAUAACAUCCUGUAUCCAUUCAUUGUGAUACCCAUUCUUGUUACCCUGCUCAUGACAGUGCUAGUGGUGUGGAGAAGCAAAAAGAGCGAAGGCAUUGUGUAACUUCGACUGCCUUGCACCGCAAUUUAGGAUGGCUCUAGGUCCAUAUGGACACUAUUUUGUGGAUGAAACCUUCUUCAGUAGGUAAUAAGGGCCCUUGCAAAAUCAGCAGCCUGUUGGAAACCACUGAGCAAGACUGCUCUAGUGAACCAUUUUUUCACCCUACAGCAAGCUGGGAAGGCUCAGCAGUAUACUAAAGGCAAUGCACAACUAACAUUUCAUCCUGUGCUGACAACAGAAGUGUCACAUGCUUUUCUUCUGGAGAACAAUCUUUGUUAAAGCAGAGAUGACACCCCUUGGACUAAUACCACUGCUCCGCAAGUUGCUAAUACUCUUGGCACCUCAUGUGCCAAUUCCUUUGUCAUUUUAAUUGUGUCAUAAAUACUUUUUUAAGUGAAAGCUCUAUAAUUAAAGAUUAGUAUCUAUAUGCCUAACCAAUAAUUAGUUCCAGUGGCCCUUGGGAGGUACUAUUCUUCACAAAUAAUCUGAUUAUUCUAAUUCAUUUCUUGGAAAGUUGUGGAUUGAAUGCUGCUGAAUCCUGUUAAUAAAAGGCAUCCCUGAUUA